AUGUAUCCUGCCUUCUUCUUCUCGGCCAUCGUCGCCUCGUUCAUUGUCACUGUCGCGGGAUUCCUCGUGAAUCUGUUCAUCACAGCUGUCGGUUACAGGACCUGGCUGGCCAGGCGCAGCCUCUCGCCCUCCGAUCAGAUCCUCCUCAGCCUGGCCUCCGCGCGGCUGCUCAUGCUGGGCCUGUUCCUGCUCAACAUGACCUGCUUCCUGAUGGCCCCGGGCACCGAGAGGUCAGUCUCCGUGUCCACCUUCUUCCUGUUGUCCUGGAUGUUCUUGGACUCUAGCACCCUGUGGCUUGUAACCUUGCUCAACACCUUGUACUGUGUGAAGAUCACCAACUUCCAGCACCCGGUGUUCCUCCUGCUGAAGCAGCAUCUGUCCCUCAGGACCCCCCGGCUGCUGCUGGCCUGCGUGCUGACCCCCGCCCUCACCACCCUCCUCUUCUUCGUGCUCAGCCAGGUCUCGCCCCUCCCUGAGCUCGGGACCAAGAAGAACAGCACGGUGUUUGACAUCAACGAGGAUGUCUUGUCUCUCGUGGCCUCCUUGCUCCUCAACGCGCUGCCCCAGUUCGUCCUCAACGUGACCUCGGCGUCCUUGCUGAUAAACUCUUUGCAGAGGCACAUUCGGAAGAUGCGCAGGAACGCCACUGGCGUGUGGAGCCCGCAGACGGCAGCCCACGUGGGGGCCGUGAAGCUCAUGAGCUACUUCCUCGUCCUCUACAUUCCGCACUCCGUGGCCAGCCUCGUCCACUACCUGCCUUCUUCCGUCGGCCUGGCCCCCAGGACCGUGUGCGUGAUUAUCUCCUCUCUCUACUCCCCAGGACAUUCCAUCCUUCUUAUUUUAACACACCCCAAACUGAAAACAAAAGCGAAGCAGGUUCUGUGUUUCCACCAGUAG